AUGCCGCAGACAAGAAACGUUCGUGAGGUUCUCGAGGCCUCUGAGAUUUUGCUGCAAAUGUGCGACUUCAAUCAUAGCCAGCCCUCAGCGCAGUCAGAUCAGCGGGUCCCUGCAGCUGAUUCGGGCGGUAAUGCGACUCAAGGCACGAGCCCUGCAGCGAGCGAGACCACUGGUGGUAAUACACGAGCCAAUACUCGAGCGCUCAUGCGGACGGCGGCGAUGCCCAAUGCAAACCAACCUCGUGCUCGGCCAGUAAUUGGACAACAGGGUUCUCAUCAUCGAGUCAAGUCAGCUCCUGCGUCGAAUGCGAAUCAGAAAAUGUCUCAGCUGGCUGUGCCCGAGCAGAGACUUAUUCCCAUGAACGCAAACCAGUCUUUGCAGGCCUACCUAAUUCACCAGCAACGCAUCGCUGGUAUAGCGCCACAAGAUAUGAUUUCCAUGCCAGACCAGCAACAGAACACCCAGUCGCAGCCAGGACCGCAGCCAGGAGGCCAGGGUAAUACGCCUUCUCUGGUCCAAUUUUCACGCGAAGGCUCUGUUGUGUUCCCCCAAGUGGCUCCCGCGAGAUUUGAUGGCGUUCUUUUGCCACCUCCCUCGUCGACGGCUCAAGCUUCUGGGGCGCCUCAGUCCGUUAGAUUUGGAGCGACGAGUGACCCUGCCAAUUAUGCUACUGGAAGGACGGUCCAGUCAAUGAACGAGAAUAUGGACCCGCGAUGCUAUUUGGCUGGUCGCGAGGAAUGUAAAUUUGGCGCUUCUCAUCCGCAUAGCCCUACAACCAACAGCGUGCAGCUUCCUUGGCUACAAAGCCUGAACAAUACUCCUGCGAAUAGACCCAGACAUGGAGCCGCGUCUCAGGGAACGAGAGUCCGCCGUCACUUCAACCCAUAUUUGAACUUUCCUGGCGUAUUGACCUCAUUCCCACAGCUGCUGGCUAGGGUUAUCGAUUUGUUUGAAUUAGACGAUUUCCUCAACCUGUAUGCGGCUUCCAAACGCUUCUACUCCUACGUGAAAGCGAACCCUGAAGCAACCAUAACACGCUUCGCGUUUAAGCGCUUUGGUGACACUGCUCAGAUUUUUGCUCAUCCAUGCUACCAGAAGUUUACCGUUUACAGUCGCGGCCCUAGACCCGAAAACAUCCCCGGCCAAGUGUUGGAGAUACGCCCAUCGCCGAGAUGGCUUAAGAUGCUCGACUCCAGAGAAAAAGUUGUCAACGACAUCAUGAAUUUGUUCGAUCAGAGUGGCUAUACCCUUACCUCUCGCUGCGUGGGAGUGCUGAAAAAAAUUUGGUUCCUCAUGGACAUCCCCGACAAUCGCCGUCGCACCUUCGCAGUCCAGAACAAAUACCUCUGGUCGGACAAUGAAAUCUUCUACGCAGUGUUCAUCUUCGCUCAGAUCGAGUCGCGCUUCACCCAUAACGUAUCCGGAACCCCACGCUCAGGUUUCCGACGCCUUCUCCUGGGUCAGAAAGGGUUGACUCUGCUGCGCGACGCAUUGAAAGGCACCGCCCUCCGCACGAACUACGAAGUUCUGAGAGAGUUUAUCCGGUGGAAAUACGUACCAACGCCUGACGAGGCUAACAUGUUCCUUUUCGGUGUCCCCGCUGGCGAGCACGGUCUGCUUCAGUACGAGUACUAUGGUCGCACUGCGAAUCGGGAAAAACUGCAGCGGCCUGAUGACCUUCUCUUGAGAGAAAUGGCCCGGCGUCAGUUGGAUAUGGGGGCUAUGUAUGCGUGGGUCUACGUGCAGAGUGAAAUGGAUCCGUCCUUGAAGCGCGAUUAUCAGCUUGAGCCUGAGACUUCGUUUCUUCACCUGAUUCUUUAUGAGGCAAAGAAGAACAGCGAUGAGCCAUCAAACUGGUGGAAGGAUGCGGUGGUCGAUAACUACUGUGAGGGAUCUAUCUGA